AUGUUUAACUUGAUUAAUUCACGAACUCCUUGGAUUCAAAUUGGGACCAGCCCAAGCUUAUUCUUUGGGAACCAAAUGCUGCUUCAAUCUGUCCAAUAUCGUCUCCACUCGACCAUUCCCGCCGGUCAAAACAGCCUCGAGCAACUUGUCUCGUCCAUUAUCGCCGAUGACUACCGCACGCUCCACGACCCCAUUAUCGGACAUUUUGAAUCGUCCCACCCGUCCAUCUUCCCAUUCAAGCCGAACAUAAGUUGCAUCGAGAGCCGUGGGGGAAAGAGAUACAAUGCCGAGGUCAUUCGUCUCCAGCCGGAUUUCCUCUUGGUUAUCUGA